AUGGCUUACCACAAAGCUUUCAACCCAGAUUCGCUACCUGCAUUUGCAGAGCCAGAACGAAAACAUGCGCAAUCCCCCGCCAUCCAAACCCCCACCCACAAUCAAGCGCAACAAGCAAUGCACGGCGCGCAAUAUGAAAACAGACCUCCCCCAGCCCUCCCACCCCAAAACAUACGUCCAAACGACCGAAGACCAGAUGGACGAAGACUCUCCCCACAAAUGCAUCCCCCGGGAAAUUAUGGCGCAUCCCCUCCAGGCCGCGGAUAUGCAUCACCACCACCCGCCCAAUUCCAAGCAGGUAGAGUUGCUCCUCAGACUCGCCCCGUACAAAAUUCAAGACCUCCUCCUUCACCAGCUCCUCCUGGUGCGGAUCCGCAGUUAUGGCCGCUAUUUCAAGCUGUUGAUAAAGAUCGAACCGGCUCCCUCACCGAAAAAGAACUCCGCGCUGCCCUCGUAAACGGCGACUGGACGUCCUUCGACACGUACACGGUUAAAAUGAUGAUUCGCAUGUUCGAUACGGAUCGCAGCAACACAAUUAACUUUGAAGAAUUCUGCGGGCUUUGGGGAUUCCUCGCAGCUUGGCGUUCACUAUUCGAUCGUUUCGAUAAAGAUCGCAGUGGGAAUAUUAGUCUGGAUGAAUAUUCAGAAGCCUUGGUGGCUUUUGGAUAUAGGCUGAGUGAGAGCUUCGUGGCGACACUGUUCAAAGCGUAUGAUAAGAGGGGAGAGGGUGCGAUUAGUUUUGAUUUGUUUGUGCAGAGUUGUAUUAGUUUGAAGAGGAUGACGGAUGUCUUUAAACGUUACGAUGAUGACCGCGAUGGUAAGUCUUUCCCCUCCAUUCCUCGAUCACAAACCUCCCUCUAA